GCGAUCUUUACCCAGCCAGUGGUCAGUGUCUGCUGCAGUUUCCAACUCCAGCCCUAAGCAGCUGCCACCUUUGCUGCUCCUUUGCUUCCCCAGCUGACUCUGAACCUGACAGCUCAACUCCAGUGAUUACAGCUUCUGACCAAUAUUAAACUUAGAGGAGCUAUAAUUGCACAUCGAUCAUCUUUGACGGUCCUACAUUGACUGCUCACAGGGAGGGAGCUGAAGAUUAAAUCCUGACGCCUGCCCCAUUUGGAGAGCAGCAGCCUGGCUUCUGGUGGCCACAGCAGCAGGCUUUCCAUCCAUUUCUUUUCUCAUGAAGCUUCUUCUGGUUGGAAACUUAUCAAAUUUCAUCAGCCACUCCAGUGAUUUCCAGCAGAUGAAGAGCCUGAAACGUUCUGGCUGUCUGGAGAACCUAUAACUGAAAGUCAGCUAUGAAACCCACGUAGUCGAAUAUCACGAUGCUUCUCCUGUAGGGAGUGUGAUGAGGAGCAGAGUUUGGCCUUGGAGUGCUCGGAACCAGAAAAAUUGCCGAGGACUCGGAGCCCCGCCCUGACCACUAGAGAGCCCACAACACAAUGAACAAAUUGAACUUCCAUAACAACAGAGUCAUGCAAGACCGCCGGAGUGUGUGUAUUUUCCUUCCUAAUGAUGAAUCUCUGAACAUCAUCAUAAACGUCAAAAUUCUGUGUCACCAGUUACUGGUCCAGGUGUGUGACCUACUCAGGCUAAAGGACUGUCACCUCUUUGGACUCAGUGUUAUACAAAAUAAUGAACACGUAUAUAUGGAGUUGUCACAAAAGCUUUAUAAGUAUUGUCCAAAAGAAUGGAAGAAAGAAGCCAGCAAGGUACGACAAUACGAAGUCACUUGGGGAAUUGAUCAGUUUGGACCUCCUAUGAUCAUCCACUUCCGUGUGCAGUAUUAUGUGGAAAAUGGUCGAUUGAUCAGUGACAGAGCAGCAAGAUACUAUUAUUACUGGCACCUGAGAAAACAAGUUCUUCAUUCGCAGUGUGUGCUCCGAGAGGAGGCCUACUUCCUGCUGGCAGCCUUUGCACUGCAGGCUGAUCUUGGGAACUUCAAAAGGAAUAAGCACUAUGGAAAAUACUUCGAGCCUGAGGCUUACUUCCCAUCUUGGGUUGUUUCCAAGAGAGGGAAGGACUACAUCCUGAAGCACAUUCCAAACAUGCACAAAGAUCAGUUUGCACUGACAGCUUCUGAGGCUCAUCUUAAAUAUAUCAAAGAGGCUGUCCGACUGGAUGACGUCGCUGUUCACUACUACAGAUUGUAUAAGGAUAAAAGGGAAAUUGAAGCUUCUCUGACCCUUGGAUUGACCAUGCGGGGAAUACAGAUUUUUCAGAAUUUAGACGAAGAGAAACAAUUACUUUAUGAUUUCCCUUGGACCAAUGUUGGAAAGUUGGUGUUUGUGGGUAAGAAGUUUGAGAUUCUCCCAGAUGGCUUGCCUUCUGCCAGGAAGCUCAUCUACUACACAGGGUGCCCCAUGCGUUCCAGACAUCUUCUGCAGCUCCUGAGCAACAGCCAUCGCCUCUACAUGAACCUGCAGCCCGUUCUUCGCCACAUCCGGAAGCUGGAGGAAAACGAAGAGAAGAAGCAGUACCGGGAGUCUUACAUCAGCGACAACCUGGACCUCGAUAUGGACCAGCUGGAGAAGCGGUCACGGGCCAGUGGGAGCAGCGCUGGCAGCAUGAAGCACAAGCGCCUGUCCCGUCACUCGACCGCUAGCCACAGCAGCUCCCACACCUCGGGCAUUGAGGCCGACACCAAGGCCCGGGAUGCGGGCCCCGAGGAUGCCUACCCCGGCAGUGCCGUCCAUCGCAAGCUGAAAACCUGCAGCUCCAUGACCAGCCACGGCAGCUCCCACACCUCAGGGGUGGAGAGUGGUGGCAAGGACCGGCUGGAGGAGGAUUCGCAGGACGACGAAAUAGAGAUGUUGGUUGAUGACCCCAGAGACCUGGAGCCAAUGAAUGAAGAGUCCUUGGAAGUCAGCCCAGACAUGUGCAUCUACAUCACAGAGGACAUGCUGCUGUCACGGAAGCUAAACGGACACUCUGGAUUGAUUGUGAAAGAAAUCGGUUCUUCCACCUCCAGCUCCUCAGAGACGGUAGUCAAACUGCGUGGCCAGAGCACCGAUUCUCUUCCACAGACUAUAUGUCGAAAACCAAAGACCUCCACCGAUCGACAUAGCUUGAGCCUCGAUGACAUCAGACUGUACCAGAAGGACUUCUUGCGCAUCGCGGGACUGUGUCAGGACACUGCUCAGAGUUACACCUUUGGGUGUGGCCAUGAACUGGACGAGGAAGGCCUCUACUGCAGCAGCUGCUUGGCUCAGCAGUGUGUCAACAUCCAGGAUGCCUUUCCAGUCAAAAGAACCAGCAAAUACUUCUCUCUGGAUCUCACCCACGAUGAAGUUCCAGAGUUUGUUGUUUAAAGGACCUCUGCGUGCAGCUGUCUGGACAGCCUGCUGCUUGCUAGAGGCUGUGAAAGCCAUGGGUUCUUUCUUUACCUAUUACUUGUGCCAUAUUUUCUUCACCCCAGACAUAUCUUUUUCUUUAUAAUAGUUGUGAUGGAAAUAAAAGCCGUGGGACAGUUGCACUUUAAGUAUUACACAGGAGGAAAAGGACUACAGAGAAUGUAUAGCAAGACAAGUGCCCGGAAGUUCACUGAUCCUUUGAAAGGAAAUGUGCUUUACUGGUUACCAAACCUUCAGGAUAUCAGACUGCGGUGUGUGUGUUCAUUGUUUUGUUUUCCAGUUCAAUUACGUGUAACAUCACUUUUUUUUUUUAUCAUGUGAAAGAUGUUGUUGUGUUUCUUUGUUUGCUUGUAUGUUUUUUUUUCUACCACUCCCUCAUGAAAUGCUGGUGGUUUGAGGGAGGAGAGAGAGAAGAGGCUCUCAUCUUUUUAAGAGAGAGACAGUUGCCCAGUCAUAGCCAUUGCCACCCCGCUGGGGCUGUCCCAAUGUGAACAGGAAUGAAGCGGUAAAUCAAGUGGUUCCAGCACACCAAAGAUGCGUCAUCACAGAAGUGCAGCCCAAGGUCAACAAGAUGUGAAUCAAGCAAUAACCAAAAGAUGGUGCGGUGAGGCCUGUGACUGCUUCACGCUGGUGAAGUGCCACGUCCUUCUCCUGCUCUUCCAGAAAGCUCUAGGACUCAGCCGAGUCCCUUGUCCAAGUAACAGAUUGGUUGUGUUCAUGCCACAAUGAAUUUUGUGGAGUUUCCAAAACCAGUUUCUGUUAAAACUCUAGAAAUGUCUUAGAAUAUGUUUAUACUUGGUGGUUUGUUUUUUUUUUAAUCAAGAAUAAAUUAUGGUAAUGUUGGUUUCUGCCUAACCAAAAUACCCCAACUAUACAUAUAUGUGAUACAUAUAUAAAUACAUAAGAUUGUGUGUUUAUAUGUGUCUGAAGCUUACCACCUUUUCAUCUAUGAAAGAUAGACAGCUCCCAUAUUUGUCUUAUAUACAUGGUCUUUCUUGUUUGGUGCAGAGGAUGUUUGGUGUCACUGAAUGAAUGAUGCCUGCAGACAAUCAGCUGAUAGAUACACAGUUAAGAAUGACUAUUUUCUCAUGGGUCUUUUGCCAUAGUUCUCAACCCUGGUUGCAUCAUGGAAUUAUCUGGGGAGCUUUGAAAAAACUAACAAUGUCUGGGUACCGCCUCAGAUGAAUUAAAUCAGUGUCUUAUGGUGAGACCCAGGUGAAAAUUGCCUUUUCUUUUGAAGUUUCCAGAUGGAGCUAGUAUGUAACAGGAUUGAAAACCACCAAUCCCGAGGAUGUCUUUUUCAUUAACUUUCACGUAUAUAGAAAGUGUUAGUGUUUGAGAAAAGGUCAUUUUUAGGACAGUUCCUGCCACUGCUGUUAGGAUAUAUAAUAAAAUCAAGUCAGGAACGUGAACUUACUCACCUACAGAUGUACGGUAACAGUGUUGCUUGCACUUCAGGAAAGUACUUUAGCACAAUGUCUUUCUAUGAGAUGUUUUUAAUGAUUUCAUAUAUUUACAACAUUUGUUUACCAUAUUUUGAUAUACCAUUUUUUCUAUCUACCAAGUUUUAUUAAAAAAACUAUAUUAUUUUCUAAAGAAACAGUCAUAUUUUUAUACAAAAUUAAGUUUUCAGGUAACAAAGAAAUAGUCUUAGGGUACAGCAGAACCUACAGUGUUCCCCAUGGAUGGGGGUCAGUAUUAUAAACACGUGGAGAAUGAGAACAGGCUCUACCUGCGUUGCCCCUCACAUUUUUCCCCCGUGUGGAUAUGAAAGGGCAGUGGGUACACACAAGUCUGGUCAACUUGGUUUAACUUGACACUUUAAAAGGAAAAAAAUUCUAUAGAGUGCUAUAGUCAGGAAAUUAUUUUGCUUUUAUCAAAUGUUUGAAAGAACCAAAGUUUCAGAUAUCAGAAUGUAUUAAAGUAUCUCAAACUUUGUAUAUAAAAGGAUGAAAGUAUGAAAGGAUCAUCUAAUGACUGUUACUUGUAAGUCAUUAAAUAAUCUACCAUUUCUUAUAGAUGCUUAAGAGACAAAUUCUGAUGAAGUUUGACCCUAAAAAGCCCAGAUCAUAAAUGUGGUGCAUUUCCUUAGCUCUUAGUGUUUCUUGUUUAAACAUCAAAAAAAAAAAAAAAUUUAAUUAAGUACAUAAUGCUUUAUACUUUUAUUUUCUCUCUACUUCAAACAGAAUCAGGCCUUUAGGGUUUUUCCAGCAUCGUUAGUGGUUUUGCACACCCUCUUUCUAAUUGGAUUUAUGAAUAGUCUUGUGGGUUUUCAAAAAUGAGACAUGCUAAGGACAUUUUUGCUUUUUGAUCCAUUGCGGCAGAAUUAUAUAUAUGUAUAUGAAAAUCCAUUUUGAAUAUCUACAUUUUUGUAUUUGGAAAUUGUUUUAAAAAAUAAAGGAAAAGUAUAAACCUGAUAUUUAUUCUGCAUUUGUUAAUAUCCAUUGCUAGUCAGUAUACCAGUUUGGUAUAUAUUGCCUCUACACGUCUGCAUUUGUAUUUGCAACAAUGAACUUUAUAUCUGCAUAAAUUGUAAAUAAUCCUUUCUGUGAAAGGAUCAUCAUGUUAAGAUGAUACCAAAAGUGUGUUUAAAAAAACUGCAUUAUUUUGUAAUUAUUCUUAUAAGGAUUUCAUGGUAAGAUUAGCAGUCAAUAAAGUUACUUUUUAUUUGUCUUUGAA